CCCAAAUUAACCGGUAUGAUAAACACACCGGUAUGUAUAUCAUUUUCGACCACCACUCUUGCAAACUGCAGUUUCCACUUUCCAGUUGUUGUGCUUGAGAAAAGCAAAGGGCGAAGAGAUGAAAAGCGAUGGAGUCGCACACGACUUAGUGGCGGCGACCGCAUGAACCGUAACAACAAAAACAACAGCCCGCGUCCGACGAAGAAGUCCAAGAAGUCAGCUGGCGAGGAGAAAGCGAGCCACUCAGGUGGUUCCGUGCACAAAAAGAACUUGUAUUUCGUUUCUUUUCCCGUUAUUAUUUUGUUCAACGUGCUGCGCACCCUGAUCUACCAGCUGUACGUCAUCUUCGGCUACAUUUACUCGUCGACAUCGCGCAUUGUGUAUCGGCCCCGCGCUGGCUCCCCGGUCGAAGUGGUGAUCCCGCGCGACGAGCAAGACGACGACGCCGCCUACCUGCAGCCGUGCGGCCCUGAGGAGUACUCGUCCAUGGCCCUGCCCCGACAGCCCACCGGCCCGGGGCCCGGCGACCCCCUGCUCGCCAAGCAGAAGAGCCACCACCGCCGGGCCUUCGAGUACAUCUCCAAGGCGCUCAAGUUCGACGAGGAGAACGAAGGACAAAAAGAAAUGGCGGUGGAACUGUACAAAAAAGGAAUCGCCGAGCUGGAAAAGGGAAUUGCAAUCGAGUGCGCCGGCAAAGGGGAGGUGUGGGAGCGGGCGCAGAGACUGCAGGGCAAGAUGAAGACCAACUUGGAGAUGGCCAAGGACCGGCUCGACUUUCUAGAGCAAAUUGUUAUGCUGACUCACUUGGCUGUGACCGACGAUCCCGAGGCUGUCGCCGCGACAAAAAAGCCCCUAAAAAGGCCCACUUGCUUCCCUCGUAGGCCCUCGGCCGGUCCGCAGCUGCUGCUCGCAGGCGCCACCCGCAACCCCGAGGUCAAGUCGCCUCGCGCCCCUACUCUCAGACCCACCCCCCAGAGGUCACAGCCCACUACCCCUGCUGAAGCCUCUGGAAGGCGGUUGACCGCGGCUGGGCGCAAAAACAUUCCAGGCAUGGCAGCGAGGAGCAGCACUCUUCCCCGCAAUCUGGGUUCCCGCCAGCCCGUCUACACCAACGGCUCCGGCUCCAACAGCGGGGCUGCGAAACACAAACCCUACUCAACACCUCCGCCCAUCAAACGGCAGCUCUCGGGGCCAUCACAUUCGCCAGGACGUCGGCCGAGCGGCGGCAACGGAGCGUCAGGUCGCGUUGCAGCGGCCAGAAAAACGUCCUUGAAGGGCGUGGACCCAAAGCUGGCGCAGCUGAUCCUAGACGAAAUACUGGAGGGCGGGCCCCCAGUCGAGUGGGACGACAUCGCAGGCCAGGAAUCGGCCAAGCAGGCCCUACAGGAGAUGGUCGUGCUGCCCGCGCUGCGCCCUGAGCUCUUCACCGGGCUCAGGGCUCCUGCCAGGGGACUCUUGCUCUUCGGGCCGCCAGGCAACGGCAAGACUCUGCUGGCCAGGGCCGUGGCUGCCGAAUGCAGCGCCACUUUCUUCAGCAUCAGCGCCGCCAGCCUCACCUCCAAGUUUGUCGGCGAGGGCGAAAAGCUGGUCAGGGCGCUCUUUGCCGUAGCCAGAGAACUGCAGCCAUCGAUCAUUUUUGUGGAUGAAGUAGACUCUUUGCUGUCCGAGAGGCGGGAGGGAGAGCAUGAGGCAAGCAGGAGGCUGAAAACCGAGUUCCUUGUUGAGUUUGAUGGACUGCCCUCGAGCACCGAGGACAGGGUUCUGGUCAUGGCAGCGACAAACCGGCCGCAAGAAUUAGACGAGGCUGCUCUCAGGAGAUUCUCGAAGAGGGUUUACGUGACACUGCCAGGACCAGAUACUCGCAUGGCGCUGCUGGGCAGGCUUUUGGCCAAGCAAGGCUCUCCUCUUUCCGAAAAAGACUUGGCCCAACUCGCGAGACUCACCGAGGGGUACUCCGGUAGCGACCUCACAGCCUUGGCCAAGGACGCGGCCUUGGGUCCAAUUAGAGAGCUUGAUCCUGAUCAAGUGAGAUGUCUGGACCCAAAACACAUGCGCAACAUCAAGCUGCAAGACUUCACCGAGUCCCUGAAGCGAAUCCGGAAGAGCGUGUCACCUCUGAGUUUGGUGCAGUACGAGAAGUGGAACUCGGAGUAUGGCGACGUCAGCUUAUAGAGACCUGACAGUGAUCUUAGUUUGUUAAUUCAAUUGCUUUGCUUGAUUUUCGAUUUUGAGCUACUGCACAAAACCAGUCAAUUGUCGACUAGCCCUCUUGCAUAUUCAAUAAAAAAAAAAAAUCGCUGCUAAACAUAUCUGGAGGAGAAACAUGGAAAAUUUCCGUUUGGUCUAAUUGCUGCAGUCAUCUUAUUGUUAGUUUUGCUGCGAUGUCACACUUUUCGGAUGAAUAUAGUCUACGGUCCGUUCUUUCAAUUGCUCACGAUUUACAUUUUUGCAUAUUCGUCCGUCAGAAGUACAAAUAUGUGUUGAGACGAAUAAUAAUUGUUGAUUCAUUUGGAAAAAGGACAAGAAAGCGUGUCUUUCGUCACUGCUCUGUGCCAAUCAGGAAAUCGUUUUUACGUUUCUCGGAAUAAAAUGCCAUAAUACAUUGCCCAUCUCUCAUUAUUACGUCGUAAAAUGAAUUUGAUUCCACUGUUUCCAGUCAAGAGUCAUUGCUUCUUCAAUAUAAUGUGUACCGUGUGCGUGCAGUUGUAUUAUUUUGUAUCGUGUUUGAUAACGAGAUUUUAAUAAUGUGUACUCUUGACGAAUAAUAAUACACUCUAGUUUUAUUGCAAUCGAUAUAAAAA